AGGACAGGAGAGAGAGAACGAGAGAAUGAUGGCGGCGGAGGAGGAGAAGCCGGGUUUGAAGAGCAGCAGCUCCAUAGUUCCCUGCUUCUUGUUUGUUGAGCUGGUGAUCAUGGCAGGGACGGUUCUCCUGGCGUACUACUUUGAGUACACAGACACGUUCCCCGUGCACAUCCAGGGCUUCUUCUGCUACGACAAGACGUUCUCCAAGCCCUACCCCGGCCCGGAUGACACCAGCAAGAUACCCCCACUGCUGGUCUACUCACUGGUUACAGGCAUCCCCUGCUUCACGAUCCUGGUAGGGGAGCUGGUGGCGUUCUUUCUGAAGGCUGAGGGGACGCAAGAGAAGACCAUAGUGACAGCAGACUGCUGCUACUUCAACCCCCUGCUGCGACGCAUCGUCCGCUUCCUAGGGGUGUUCUCCUUCGGCCUGUUCACCACCACCAUCUUUGCCAACGCGGGUCAGGUGGUGACAGGAAACCAGACGCCUCACUUCCUGUCUGCCUGCCGGCCUAACUACACGGCCCUGGGGUGCACAUCCAACAUGCAGUACAUCACCCAGCCCCGUGCCUGCACUGGAAACCCCCUGGUAGUGGCAUCCGCACGCAAAUCCUUCCCCUCCAAGGACGCAGCCCUCAGUGUCUACUCUGCAGUCUACACUGUGAUGUAUGUGACGCUGGUAUUCCGGACCAAAGGCACUCGGCUGACCAAGCCUACGGUCAGCCUGACCCUGCUAUGCCUGGCCAUUCUGGUGGGAGUGGUCAAGGUGGCAGAGUACCGCAACCACUGGGCCGACGUCCUGGCCGGCUUCUUCACUGGAGGAGCCAUCGCUGUGUUUCUGGUGACUUGUGUGAUCAACAACUUCCAGCAGACGAGGCCCCCUCCCCUUCCCCCGCGACCCCAGCGCCCUGAGUCGGUGCUAGGCAUGCCCAUGGUGGCUCUGCCCUGUGUGGAGAGUCCACUCGAAAAACUCCGAGGGGGUCUCCUUUCACAGAGAUCACAUGACCAUCAGCCGUAUCGGUUCCCCGCCACCCCAGAUGUCCUCAUUCCGUCUCGCUCCAUUUCCAGCGAAGUCUAGACCAGCCACACGAACAUGAACACUCACACGAACACCACUGCGCCGCCCACCCGGCAGGCCGCUACUCCACCCUCUACAGAUCCUACUCCACGCAGGUCUAGACUUUCAAAACACACGCACACACACAGCAUACUCAGACCUCUACGCACCACCCCCUAACCUUGUCCAAGCCCAAACCCCUGGGGGAACCGAAAGGUGAGCUCAUAAAGUGAGACUCACAAAGACUUAACAGCUGUCCAGCUGAACAUUCAGUACAGUGUCAGGUACAGUUAUGCCUCUUUCAUUUAGUUGUUUUCAGAGACUUCUUUUUUGUUUUGCAGACUUUUUUUUGUGAAUCUGCUUCAUUGUGUGAAGUACACAUUUCACUGACAUCACAAGGUGAUGUCUUCUACGUCAAGGUGAUGUCUUCUACGUGCUUGUAAGGAGAAACUGUCAGAAUCCAUUUGAGAACUGUGUUCUUUUGUGUUUUCAACUGUCUGUCGGAGAUGUCCUUCCUCACAGGCAAUGCAGCCAGUCAUCCUGAAACACUUCAGCCAUUUGUGUCUCUGUGCAAUUGUAAGAUGAAUCCAAACAACCGCUCAAUGAACGCUCUCCGCUGGCUUUAGGGCUCAUUUUCAGUAUCCUAGAAUGAGCCAAUCAUCAAAUAUCUGCAAGAGUCAACAAACUCAAAUGUUUACGGACCAAUCACCUUCUGUAGCAACUGUGGUACUUAAUUACUGCACCUUCCAAAUACAGCAUAGAGACAACACACACAGAUCAGACCUCUCUUCAGCUCUGCACGACAUUACCCAGAUCAAAGGAUUCUGUUCAUAUCACUGAGGAGAAGACGAUACAAGAACAAACAGGAUGAAACUGCAGACGGUUUCUUUUUCUCCGCUUUCGAUUGGUUGCAGCUGCCGCAAGUCAGCGUGAAAUAGAUACAGAUUUGGUAAGACCGGAUGAGACACAUUUUGAAAUACAUCACAAGUGACAGGACAUGAGCUUUGUACAGUACAAAACAUUUGAUUUUACACUCAAUGUAUCUGGACAGGGAACCUUGGUUACCAAAGCUUUGUCAUUGUGAUGUCACUAAAAUACUUGUUUACUUACACACCCCUUUUGCCUGGAAUGGAACGGAUCACAUCGGCAUGGAACGGAACGCCACACUGGAAAACCAAGAUUCCCUGUCUCUGGGCUGUAGAGAGAUAUUAUUGGACUUUGCCUAUUCAUGUGAUAAUGUGAUUUAUUUAUGAGGAGAUUGAUCAUAGAUGUAUUUAUUUGAUGUGUAUAUAUGGUGUGGUUGCCACAAACAGUUUAAUUUUGAUUUGCACAGCCCUCACUCAUAUCCAGUGGUGUAAAGUACUUAAGUAAAAAUACUUUAAAGUACUACUUACUGUAAGUAGUUUUUUGGGGUAUCUGUACUGUACUUUACUAUUUAUAUUUUGCCUACUUUUACUUGACUACAUUCCUGAAGAAAAUUAUGUACUUUUUACUCCAUACAUUUCCCCUGACACCCAAAUAAUUUUUUAAUGCUUAGUAGGACAGGAAAAUGGUCAAAUUCAUGCACUAAUCAAGAGAACAUCCCUGGUCAUCCCUACUGCCUCUGAUCUGGAGGAGUCACGAAACACAAAUGCUUUGUUUGUAAAUUAUGUGAGUGUUGUAGUGUGCCCUUGGCUAUCCAUAAAUUAAAAAGAUUUGCUUAAUAUAAGGAAUUUGAAAUGAUUUAUACUUUUACGUUUAACUAAGUAUAUUUUAGCAAUUACAUUUACUUUUGAUACUUAAGUAUAUUUUAAACCAAAUACUUUUAGACUUACUCAAGUAGUAUUUACUGUGUGACUUUCAUUUUUACUUGAGUCAUUUUCUGUUAAGGUAUCUUUACUUUUACUCAAGUAUGCUCAUAUCUCACCCUCCACUCCCCACUCCCUCCCACUGGCAUAUGGUUUUCUACCACUGGUUGGUUCUCUUCUUUGUGUUGUAUCCUGACUAUAGCGCCACUGUGCUGUGGAAUGUUUCCCUCUGCUGGACAACACACACACACACGAAAACACUCAUAAGAAAACAUACAUUUAAUAUUGACAAACUUACCAAAAUACACACACUUUUGGAUGUACAUACACAUUCUCACCCAACGAAACAAACACACACACUCACUUACCUCUCCUAAUCUCUAGGCUAUACCUCCCCUCUUUUCCACUUUCUUACACUUAAACCUGUUUGUAUGGUUUUGUAAAUAGUUAUUUUUUGUAAUGAGAAUGUGAUUUUUACACAGACACCCCACUGCUCUCCUUACAUUAAGUUGUUAUGGAGAAAUGGGGACAUUAAUUGUAUCAACUUUAUUACUGAAGACAAGAGUGUAUGUAAAGGUCCUGGUCCACUCUAAAUCAGGCCUGGAUUGGACCUCUCCUCGUCCCAAACUGGCAGCCAUUCUGCAUCAAAACAGGUGCCCUCCCGGACCAAGGUUUGAGUCAACCAAAGAUGACUCGUGGUUUUAUGCUAACAAUAGAAUCCCCUCAUGGUUUAGUUUCUCUUGUAAUAGUUCACCUGCCAGCCCAUAUUGGGCCAGUAACCAAAAUGUUGCUGGAUUGAAUCCCCGAGCUGACAAAGUAAAAAUCUGUGGUUCUGCCCCUGAGCAAGGUACUUAACCCACUCUUCCCCGGGCAACGAUGACAUCGAUUAAGGCAGCCCCCCCGUGCCUCUCUGAUUCAGAGGGGUUGGGUUGAAUGCAUUCAGUUGUACAGCUGACUAGGUAUCCCCCUGUGAAUGCAUUCAGCAGUACAGCUGACUAGGUAUCCCCCUGUGAAUGCAUUCAGCAGUACAGCUGACUAGGUAUCCCCCUGUGAAUGCAUUCAGCAGUACAGCUGACUAAGUAUCCCCCUGUGAAUGCAUUAAGCAGUACAGCUGACUAGGUAUCUCCCUGUGAAUGCAUUAAGCAGUACAGCUGACUAGGUAUCCCCCUGUGAAUGCAUUCAGCAGUACAGCUGACUAGGUGUCCCCCUGUGAAUGCAUUCAGCAGUACAGCUGACUAGGUAUCCCCCUGUGAAUACAUUCAGCAGUACAGCUGACUAGGUGUCCCCCUGUGAAUGCAUUCAGCAGUACAGCUGACUAGGUAUCCCCCUGUGAAUGCAUUCAGCAGUACAGCUGACUAGGUAUCCCCCUGUGAAUGCAUUAAGCAGUACAGCUGACUAGGUAUCCCCCUGUGAAUGCAUUAAGCAGUACAGCUGACUAGGUAUCCCCUGUGAAUGCAUUCAGCAGUACAGCUGACUAGGUGUCCCCCUGUGAAUGCAUUCAGCAGUACAGCUGACUAGGUAUCCCCCUGUGAAUGCAUUAAGCAGUACAGCUGACUAGGUAUCCCCCUGUGAAUGCAUUCAGCAGUACAGCUGACUAGGUGUCCCCCUGUGAAUGCAUUCAGCAGUACAGCUGACUAGGUAUCCCCCUGUGAAUACAUUCAGCAGUACAGCUGACUAGGUGUCCCCCUGUGAAUGCAUUCAGCAGUACAGCUGACUAGGUGUCCCCCUGUGAAUGCAUUCAGCAGUACAGCUGACUAGGUAUCUCCCUGUGAAUGCAUUCAGCAGUACAGCUGACUAGGUAUCUCCCUGUGAAUGCAUUCAGCAGUACAGCUGACUAGGUAUCCCCCUGUGAAUGCAUUCAGCAGUACAGCUGACUAGGUAUCCCCCUGUGAAUGCAUUCAGCAGUACAGCUGACUAGGUAUCCCCCUGUGAAUGCAUUCAGCAGUACAGCUGACUAGGUGUCCCCCUGUGAAUGCAUUCAGCAGUACAGCUGACUAGGUGUCCCCCUGUGAAUGCACUCAGCAGUACAGCUGACUAGGUAUCCCCCUGUGAAUACAUUCAGCAAUACAGCUGACUAGGUAUCCCCCUGUGAAUGCAUUCAGCAGUACAGCUGACUAGGUAUCCCCCUGUGAAUGCAUUCAGCAGUACAGCUGACUAGGUGUCCCCCUGUGAAUACAUUCAGCAGUACAGCUGACUAGGUAUCCCCCUGUGAAUACAUUCAGCAAUACAGCUGACUAGGUAUCCCCCUGUGAAUGCAUUCAGCAGUACAGCUGACUAGGUAUCCUCCUUUCCCUAUACACCAAAGUCAGUGAAUUAGGACAAAGUGCACUGUAUACUACUAUCACAAUCUUGAGGGGUCUGUUGCUUUUACAUUUAAGUAAUUUAGCAGAUGCUUUUAUCCAGAGCGACUUACAGAAGCAAUUGUGGUUAAGUGCCUUGCUCAAGGGCACCUUGUCGUCUCUGGGAUUCAAACCAGUGACCUUUCAGUUACUGGCCCAGCGCUCUUAACUGCUAGGCCAAAACUGACAGCAGCUACAAAAUACUACACAGAUGGCUUGACUAUGUUUGGGUCAGAAUGUGUGUUCCUUGGUGCACAUACAAUACAUCUACAGUUUGAUUUAGUUCUAUUUUAAAAUAAUAAGACGAUAAAUAAUGCAGUAACAAAAAAAAAGUGUUGAGUUUUAACACUUCAUUUCAUCUUGUUACAACGUACCUUCUGUUUUGUAAAGAUUUGUCUGAUGUGAACAAUAAAUGGAUAUUGCAAUAAAAAGGAUGUUGAGUGUUCGCUCUUGCCUUUUAUGAGGGCAGGACACAUUCUGUUUUACUGUCA